GCGGGGGUCGCGGCGGGCGCUGCGAGCCGAGGUUCUGCCCCGCUCCUCGGCGGAAAAAAAGGGAAAAUAAAAGGGUCGGGGGGCUGCCUGCUGCCGACAGGUGCCGCUGCGGAGAGCGGGGGGGGCGGGAGGCAGUGAGCUGCGCUGUGUGCCGGGUGCGCGCCCCGCAGCGGGGGUGCGUCUGCGUCCUCCGGGCCCGCGGGCAGCUCUCUACCGCUGGCAUAUGCACGUAAAGCGAAAAUGCGCCCGUGGCUCAGCCUGCCCCGGGCUGCGAGCCCAUCAGGAGGCAACGGGAGCGGUGGGGUCCGUUCCUCCUGCAGCCAUUGUGACCCCUCCCGUGGCCUGCUUCGCUCCUCCGCGUCCCUUUUGGCUCAGGGCUGCUGUUAGCGGGGAGAUCCCCGCUGCUAUCCCUCACCCCAGAUCAGGGAAGACCCCAGGAAAUCCUGUGGGGAUUGCCUCCACGGAAAAGAUGGCCGCCUUCAGAGCGAAGGUUGACCUCACACGCACUUUCACCUUCCGUAACUCCAAGCAGACGUACACGGGAAUUCCCAUUAUAGUGGCAAACAUGGACACCGUGGGGACAUUUGAAAUGGCUGUGGUUAUGGCUAAACAUGCAAUGUUCACUGCAAUUCACAAGCAUUAUUCUCUGGAAGAAUGGAAACUGUUUGCUGCCAAUCACCCAGAAUGCCUUGAGCAUGUAGCAGCAAGCUCAGGUAGUGGAAAAGCUGAUUUGGAUAAGUUAACAAGCAUUCUAGAGGCCAUCCCACCUAUCAGAUACAUCUGCUUGGAUGUGGCAAACGGCUAUUCAGAACAUUUUGUGACAUUUGUGAAGUCUGUCCGUGCCCUGUUCCCAAAUCACACCAUUAUGGCAGGCAAUGUGGUGACAGGAGAGAUGGUAGAAGAACUUAUUCUUUCUGGAGCAGACAUUAUUAAAGUGGGUAUCGGACCAGGUUCUGUGUGUACCACUCGGAUUAAGACAGGGGUGGGCUAUCCACAGCUAAGUGCUGUUAUUGAGUGUGCAGACUCAGCACAUGGCUUGAAAGGACAUAUCAUCUCUGAUGGAGGAUGCAGCUGCCCAGGAGAUGUCGCCAAAGCGUUUGGAGCUGGUGCUGAUUUUGUCAUGCUUGGAGGAAUGUUUGCAGGCCAUGACCAGUGUGCUGGAGAGAUCAUAGAAAAGAAUGGCAAGAAGGUGAAACUCUUCUAUGGGAUGAGCUCUGAUACAGCAAUGAAGAAGCAUGCAGGAGGGGUUGCUGAGUACAGGGCUUCAGAGGGCAGAACUGUGGAGGUACCGUACAAAGGAGAUGUGGAACUCACCAUCCUGGACAUCCUUGGAGGGCUGCGCUCCACCUGCACCUACGUGGGAGCUGCCAAACUCAAGGAACUGAGCAGGAGAACAACGUUCAUCCGGGUCACCCAGCAGCACAGCCAGGUCUUCUCAUAGCCCAGGGCAGGGGGACUGGAGAGAGGGAUGGAAGGAGAGGAGCAGGAAAGGCUGCUGGUCUGUUUUGCUUUCUCCUCCACAUUGCAUUAGUGGCAAACUCCUCUCUCAAUGAAUGGCAGUCUCAUAGCCAUGAUGGCUUGGAUUUGGAAGGGGAAGGCUGUGCCGUUAACACAGUGCCAUUGGUUCAAAAUGCAAUAGCCUCAUCUUUUACUGUGCCUGAUUUAUUUUUUAAUCAACAUUUCUUCAUCUGUUCUUUCCCCUCUGAUAAAUAGUUGCUGAAACCUCAGUUAGCAAGGAAUUGGCUUGUACAGACAUGGCUGUUGCACCUGCACACAUACACACAUUCCCUCUGUUAAGACUGACCUGUCAGCUACUAUUGCUUCUGACAGUGCACCCUCCAGAAAAAAGGCUACAGGGAAUUGAGUGUAGGGAUCAAAAAUCAAAUUGUCUUCACCUUUCCUCUGGCAAAAUGUGGGAUGCUUGUGGCAGGGCUGCCAGCCUGCAGGAUGUCAGAGGUGGGUGAGGCUUGGCUACUGUUGGCUUCUUGCUGUGAUGAUAAAAAUGCCAGAUCUCUUUCCCACUUUGUUCACAGGGCUGGUACUGCCAUUUUUACUGAAAUCUCCCGAUUCCAUGGACCAGCCUCUGCAGAGAAGCUGGCACUGAGUGUAGCAAUCCCAUGCUGUCCUCCCUGCCCCUGUCUGUGGAGAUCAUUCAGGAGAGAGCAUCUCAGAGCUUGCUGCUUUAUGUGCAUGCAGUGAUUGUGUUGCGUGGGUUGCUGCUUUCCCCUGUGCUCUGUGAUCAGAUUUUUAAGACAUAGAAACUCAGCAACAGUAAACUCACCGAGGGCAGGUUUCUCCACAACCCUCCCUGCUCCCAUUUAAGUUUUCUGCCUGUUCUUGUGUAUGUUCCAAUUGAGCAGAGAUGUAAAAACGCUGUGCUGUGCAUUGCCUGUGGCCAGGCAAUGCCAAUGAGGUUGGAGGAAUCAAAUUCACUUCUUAGCUACUUGGUAUCACUCCUUUGCAAUCCGUGACAAUGUGAAAAGCAAAAGGGAGCUUUCAGCAGAGGAGCCUGAUUGCAGGACACUGGUAGGCUGAGAUUGAGUUAAAGCAUUUGUUCCAAAGGCAGUAAUGAAUGUUUAAGACUCUGGAUAACACUUUAAUAAAGUGCAAUGGCCCACUAAUUAAUUGAUAAAUCACAGUGAAAUUUCUUUGGAAAUACACAUUGCAUCCACAUGAAUACCACAGCAACUCGUUAUGAUAAAUGAUGUAAAAGUGAACAGCAAUGAAUUAAUAAUGCUUGGCCACUUACUUUGAAGUGCUGCUGAGAUCAUAAUACAGCUGUUGUUACCUCAGUACUUCAGAGCCUUACUUUCCCCUCCUGCAGGUAUCUGUGGAAAGAGGCAGGCUUCCUUUGAAAAGCAAAUGAGUGAUCUGUAGGAAGAGGAAUAGCAAAGAGAAUCUCUAGAAUUAAGCUCAUUUGAGGGACUGCUCAAAAAGCACAAGUAUUGGUACCACUGGCCAUCGUGAGAGCAUAUCUAGGCCACAAACUGAUCCCCAGUGAGUUUUAAGUCUGUUGUGCACAUUAGGAAAGGCUCAGUAGAUCUUCUAAAUGGCCUAUUUUAAAUGUCUUCCAUUAAACAUGUAGGACUUAACUCUUAAUUGUGGUAUGACCCUUUCAUUUGUUUUGGAGAUAAGGGCCUUCAUGUGAGCCCAGGUUACACCCAUGCUGAGUUUGAGAACCAUCUUUCCUGCUUGGAUCUCAUACAGGAAUCUGAAUGUAGAAGAGAUGCAGACCCUGUGGGUAAAGGGUUUGAUCUCUGUUCCCUCAAGCCUGACGGCAUCAUGUUAAGAAGAUGCCCCAUUUCUUUAUCACAAAUCCUGCUCUUACCCUCACUAAGCCUGGAGUACAGGCAGCGUUACUCUGUGCAUUGGUACAACUGUAGGAGGUCACCGUUCCUUUAUGUACUUGGUGUGAAGUGUAGGGUGUAAAGGCAAAUGAACACCCCUGUGAGGAGCAGGGUUAGACCACGUCAGGCUGUCAUGUUGCAGGCCUGCCCACAGAUGUGUCUCUGCACCUGUGCCUUCAUAUGUGGGACGUGCAGCAGUGUGCUGGUCUCAUGCGUACACUCACUAUUGCUUUUCUACUUUUUUUAGCUACAUUUCUAAAUGAGAGUUAAGAAAUACAUAGACGCAUAGGAUAUAUAUUUAUAAACAUUUUUCUAAAAAGAUCAUAUGCACACUGAACAGAGCAGUUUCGUGACAUCUCUGUGAAACAGUUUCUUUUUCCAAAGGACCAGUGCUGGGCCAAUGGGGAGCUGCCUCUCUACACAGGUGGUGAGUGUGGGGGCUUCUCCCUGGGCAAGCUGUGUGCUUAUCACAGCUGCCUGCACCUUUCUCUGACCAGUGCCAAUAGGAAAAAGUGAGCAUAGUUUGGUAUGAAGAGGUGUCCCCAGUUUUCCGGUGACACUGACAGUAAGAGUGGUGACUGGUAAAGCAUGGACUUAGGGUAUUUGGUUUUAUGAAUAGCAGCUGUUGCCAUCAUUUUAAGAAGCAGCUCGUGUUCUUUUCGUUUUCUCCUGUCUCCAGAGAGAGCAGGAGGGAGGAUCAGCUGCAGAAAAGCUGAACGUAUGGCAUGGCUGCAUCUCCCCCAGAGGUAUAUAUUAGUUUUGUUCAGAGGCAGCGCUCCCCCAAGUCGGCACUCCCUGCACAUGGAACAAAGACAAGGUGGAGCCCUAAUUUAGCACCCAGCCCUGUGCCUCCUCAUUCGCCCUUGUCUUCUCUUAGCCCCAGGUGCUGUGCCCUGCACAAGCCCACAGCCACUUCAGCAAGGAACUGGGGUAUGCUGUGCCUGGUGGGAUGGUCCACGCUGAGACCACAAAAUGCCACGUGCCAUUUGCAGAUCUACCUCACCUGCACAUUUUACCGGGUUUUCUGUUACUUGUUGUCCUUCUGUGGAACAUCUGUACCAUUUUUAAGUGCUUACUGUUGGGUGAUUCUGCUUGACCUGGUCUUCUUUAACCCUACCCCCCCAGCCCCAUGCUGUCUCCCCGCUAGAGGAACAUGGGAGAUGAGCAGCACUGUAGACCAAGGUCACACCUGCUUUCCCCAGCCGGGGAUUUGCUAAGCUGAGCACACAAGAGCAGUGUUGAGGUGUGGCCCCACUGGCUCCACAGUGAUUGAAUUGGGUACACCAAAAUCUGUAAACAGGGAUGAAAAAGACCACAUUACACUAUUCAGACGAGCCUGGCAGUAUUCUGCCAGAUUCAGAACAAGCCCCACGAGCUCUUGUUUCUGAAAGAAAUGAGUGUGUGUGCUCAGUAGGCAUUUGGCUCCCUCUUGGGCCAUGCUCUUCUGUGCAUCUGUCUUCUCUCCUCAAGGCAUGGAGUUGAAUGCAGGAUGUGGGGGACCCUGCAAGUGCAAGGAGUUCGGCAGGAGGAACCUCUGCUUACUUUUGGAGGAGCGUUUCCUAUGCAAGUGUGCCUGCAUCUUCCUUUCUGCCAGUCAGUUGCCAGGGAAAAGGGACUGGAGGAGAGCAAGAACCAGGGCAGGAAUGAGACAGACCUCAGAGUGCUGGGAUGGAAACUCCUAUUUUUCAGUCAUGGUCACUCUGAGAGUUCAAAGCCUUUUCUCAACUGAGUACUCCCUUUGCUUCAUUUGGGGUCUUUCAGAUGCCGUCUCUAGCAUUGACUUGACACCUUGUGUACUGUUGUUGAAGUUCUCACACGUAAAUAAAUAAUUAGUCUAGAACUCCUCGGUGUUGCCUGUGACAGCUGUAAAAAGCUUCAAUGUAAUCAGCCACGCAGAGUUGCUGAGCCUUAGCUGUUUCCCUGCCCCAUGCCUCACUGCUGAGAUGGUGAUGGCACCGUCUGCCCUCCCUGCAGCCAGCCCAUGUCCACGACGCCUCCAGCACCAGGGGCGCAGUCAUGUAUCGCGUUUGGAAGUUGUCCAUGGAAAGUUUUGUUAUGCAAUAAAGAGCUUCACUCUGACA